ACACGACGCACUGGAUUGGCACAGAUUGGACUGGUUCUCAUCCACCUCGGUCUUAUCAUCAGAGCGCUCAAGCGUCCGACACACAAAGGCUUGUUGUUUAACUGAAUGAGCGCUUUACAGUCGCCCUGUGUAAAUACGUAGUAGGGGUCAAUGGUAGGAGUUGUUAUAUUCAUUAAGACAUUCUUGUGCGGAUUGAGGCAGAGGGAGAGGGCUUUACAUAAUUACGUUCAUGCUUUUUCACGUGAAAUGCUCCUUUAAAAGAAGGCUUCGAUUGAACACCCUGAGGCACAUCGCGCGCGCGAGCGGACUGUCGUUCUGCAUAGUUUGGUAUCAGAAUUGCGUUCAAAAUGGUAACGUCGUAUCCAUUACCGGAGGGAUUCUCCGAGUUUGAUGUGUUCUCCCUGGGAUCUUGUCUGCUCGUGGAGGGUCUCCUCGGGUUCUUCCUGAACGCUGUCACCGUUGUUGCUUUUCUUAAAAUAAGAGAAUUACGGACCCCAAGUAAUUUUCUCGUGUUCAGUCUGGCCAUGGCAGAUAUGGGUAUUUCUAUGAACGCCACAGUUGCUGCCUUCUCCAGUUUUCUGAGAUACUGGCCUUAUGGAUCAGACGGAUGCCAAACCCAUGGAUUCCAGGGCUUUAUGACUGCUCUUGCCAGCAUCCAUUUUAUUGCAGCCGUUGCUUGGGACAGAUACCACCAGUACUGCACAAGGACAAAGCUGCAGUGGAGCAGUGCCAUCACCCUGGUUAUCUUCAUCUGGCUCUUCACUGCCUUCUGGGCCGCCAUGCCUCUGAUUGGCUGGGGAGAGUAUGACUACGAGCCCCUGAGGACCUGCUGCACACUGGACUACAGCAAGGGUGACAGGAACUAUGUGUCUUACUUGAUCCCCAUGUCCAUCUUCAACAUGGGCAUUCAGAUGUUUGUUGUGAUGUCUUCCUAUCAGUCCAUUGAUAGGAAAUUCAAGAAGACUGGCCAAGCCAAGUUCAACUGUGGCACUCCUCUGAAGACCAUGCUGUUUUGCUGGGGCCCCUAUGGUAUCCUGGCUUACUAUGCUGCUGUGGAGAACGCAACCCUUGUCUCUCCUAAACUGAGAAUGAUUGCACCCAUUUUGGCUAAGACAUCACCUACUUUCAACGUCUUUGUUUACUCCCUUGGAAAUGAGAACUACAGAGGAGGAAUCUGGCAGUUGCUCACUGGCCAAAAGAUUGAGACUUCUGCUGUUGAGAACAAGACCAAAUAAACUAAGAAUGUGAUAACAGUUAAUGUCCUGGUAGUUUCUAACAGGUACGACACUUGCUUAUUGGAAUUGUGUGCUUAUGUCAUCCUUGCUGUAUUUUUGUGGACUGUUUGUCGACAUGAGUGUGGAGUCUGUGUUUGUGGUAGUUUGGUCUUUUAUAUUUAAUAUAGAAGAUUUCAGCAAGUAAUACAAUUUCUAAACUGAUACUUUGACAAAGCACAUAAGCUGCUCCUAAUGGAAAUGUUACAGAACGGGGUCCAAUUUCAUCCGUAUCAUUGCAGAGAACAUUUAAGAAGAGAAUUUGUGGCCAUCAUUUAAUAAGGGUUAAGCUGAUUCCAUAUAUGCAGUUCUGAAAGUAAACACAAUCAAACAUUAACCAGGGGUGUGAAGUAACGAAUUACAAAUACUCACGUUACAGUAAUUAAGUAGUUUUU